AUGUCUAUAAAUUUUCUCUUUCAGAAAGAUCAUGCCAUCCUGACGAAAUAUUCCAAAGGCCAGAUACGAGAGUUACGCGAGGCUUUUAAGCUGUUUGACAAGGACGAGGAUGGCUCCAUAAAGACUGAGGAGCUGGCAACAGUACUACGGAACCUGGGUCAGUUCCCCUCCACGGACGAACUGGCCAUGAUGCUGAAAGAGAUCGACAUUGGCGGUGACGGAACGUUCCGUUUCGAGGAGUUCGUACAGGUGAUGGCCAACAUGGGCGGGCUGACAGAGCAUACUGAGGAGGACGAGGAGAAGGAACUCAGACAGGCGUUCACGGUGUUUGACAAGAGCGGAAGUGGAUACAUCUGCGCGUCAGACAUCCGGGAAAUACUGCAUUGCCUAGGAGAGAACCUCACGGAGGAGGAAAUUGAUGAGAUGAUAGCGGAAGUAGACAUUGACGGGGACGGUCGGAUCGAUUACCAGGAAUUCAUCGCCUGUGUGUGUUCAGACUCCGACGAGAACGACGAGCCGGAAGCGACCCGAGAGUCGGUAAACCUUGAUGACACUGACGGGCGGAAGGGGUCCGGCGACGGGAGCGCCGGCGCAUACGCGUCCGACGAGCAAGACGACUCAGACGACCUUGAAUGUUGGUAAUGCAGAUGGCUGUCAUGGAUCCAGGUUUAUCAAUAAAAGGACGGAGAAGUUUAAGAAACUGCGAGAAAACGAUUAAUUUGUUUAUAUGUUUUCUGACAUGGUACUCGAUGAGUAAUGAACAAGCCAUACAUUAAUUGAAAUCAUAUAUUAUGUCAUGGUAUUUGCUGAAAUUCUUGAAGAAUACAAAGAAUCACAACUC